GCUCACAGGCCAUUUUUGUUUAAAAACUACUCCGAUUUUUCUGUUUGUGUGUGAACGUUUUAGUUUUUUCUUCAUGUGUACGUGUAUUUUUUCUCAACAUGGCUGAGAAGUUUGACAAUCUUGAAGAGCAUCUGGAGAAAUUUAUCGAGAAUAUACGACAGCUGGGAAUCAUCGUUAGCGAUUUUCAACCGAGCAGCCAAACAGGACUCAAUCAGAAACUAAAUCUGAUGAUCACAGGACUGCAAGAUAUUGAGAAGUGCCGGCAACAGCUUAAUGACAUCCACGUACCUUUGGAGGCAUUUGAAUACAUUGAUCAGGGCCGCAAUCCUCAGCUUUACACAAAAGAGUGUUUGGAGCGAGCCUUGGCUAAAAACGAACAGGUGAAAGGGAAGAUUGACACCAUGACGAAGUUUAAAAGUCUCCUCAUCUCUGAGCUGGGGAAGGUUUUUCCCGAAGAAAUGGCCAAAUAUAAGGCGAUUCACGGAGACGACCCUCCUUCAUAGCCACCGUAUAAGCAGUGAAGCCAGUUUGUACAUAUGUCCAUACUCACACAUUUUCUACAGUUCAGAGCAUCGGUCAUGCUUUACAUUUGUACAGCUUUUCCAACGUUUAUAUUUGCAGUUGUAUUUCUCCGAGAUAUUGCGUCGGUGUAACGGAACAAUUUGAAUUGAUUUUGUGUGCGUCUGUAACAGAUUGUAAUUUACUUUUUUCCUUUAUUUUAUUAAAUAAAUAAUUAUUCUAAUA